AUGGCGUUCCCAAAGAUCAACUACCGCUACACCUGCACAGCCUGCACCCUCUACGACAGCGACGCCGCAGCAGAAGACGAGGAGGAGCACAUCAGUCGCGCCGAAGAGCAUAUCAUCUAUCUCUGCCGUGUCUGCAAGAAGAGCUCGUGUACAGCAGAGACUCUCAGCUCCCAUUUCGACGACAAAGACAGCAACAAGGAAUGCCAACGAUUCAAGUGGCACAGCAUCCUCACGAUCCAGCUUUCGUCGGUCAUGCAGGUGUUGAGAACAUCAAACGCACCAACUUCCGGCAUUAAAAUCCAUCGUGAGGUGGUCACCGCUGCGGAUCAUCUGGCCAAGCAACGGGAGGCUCUUCUUCGCAUGCACCCCGAGCUGAACUCUUCGCUACUGAUGCCGAGGACGGAAUAG